AUGGAUGUCAAAUUGGGUCUGCGUGGUCUGCCUUAUCCCUCGCCCAUAUACCCCACGUUGCCUAGUAAUACGUCGGCCCGUGACAGUGACGGUGAUGAGCAUUUGAAGGGCGUGCUGGAUUACUUUAGACGGCACGCUCAACCGGGAACGACCCUGCAAUUGCAUGCCGUCAAAGUGCCCUACGGCACCACGAUCCACAUCGCAUACAAACCUGACUAUCGCGAAUGGACCAUUGGCACCAACGACUGGGUUCGCAGUUUCCAUAUCCCCACGAGCGAACCUAGCGAAGACUUGUUGGAGUAUUGUAGAGGUCGGAAGAAACCGACGCAUCGAAGUGACGAACGUGUGAUAGCUGCUGCAGUCACCUGGUCCGCCAUUUUACGCCAACGGCCGUCCGAUGAACAGAAGCUACUAAGACAGAUAUUAGCCGUGGGCACACUUACCGGAACCCUAACUAAUGUUGCUUCGGGUCAAAUCGACUACGACGCAGUGCUGCCGUAUGACUGUCAGCAUCCCGAGGUGUUCAAAAACGGUGCCGUCUUCCAUGGCUUCAGUCUUAACACUGGCAGUUCCGUCCUCCUAACAAACGAAGUGCCUCUUACAACGGUCUUUAUAAAACUGGGUCUGGAUGUGACCGAGACAGUCCAAGAUAACCGCUGUGUCUACGAUGCCACUAACUGCCGUCGAGCGUACGACGAUAUCCGUCGAAUAGCCAACGAAUACAUCUGCCAGGAAAUUGAAAGUGGAACACAAAUCCUUCACCCGCAGGAAGGGCUGCAAACUAAUGCGUUGGGUCGCAACGAUCCGCUCCAUCGUAACGAUCCACUCCAUCGUAACGAUCCGCUCCAUCGUAACGAUCCGCUCCACCUAAAGCUGUACAGCUGGAGGAUUUGCAACACGCAACCGGAUCAAGUAAGUACGGUGAAAAAGAUCGUGGCCAGAAAGGCAGUGGCUGACGUAGAAGCAAACCCCACCUGGUUCGUGGGCUAUAUUCCGUCUCUGACUUGCAUGCUGCAGGGCACUCUUGAUCAACUACUCUGUGCGGUUUUCGACGGAAUUGAAUCUGAAAGACCAAAAGGAUCAAAAGCUGUCAAGGAACUGGUAGACGUCCGUAUAACCAGACUCACACCAUACGGAAGAGAAGCACUGAUUGCCAUCCUUUCCACCGCUAACUACUACGGUAAGGAGUCAAAGAUAACCUUUUGGAAUCAAUGUUUCGAGGGCUUGAUCAAACGACUCAACCAGUGUCUAGUGCACUUGUUCGAAUUCGACUUUGGUGCAUACAAAAAGGCGAAACUGGCUGCCAAGAGCUCUCCACUGGAAGCGACUUGGAUAAUUUUAUCCAACGGCAAAAAGGCCAAACGACCUCUUAGUGUCGACUCGUCCCGGAGCUCUCCCGUCCAUAAAAAAAUCGCCACUGCUAAACAAGGUGUGAAGGCUUCCAAAGCGCAACGGCUUCUAAACGGCACCACCCAGCUUUCAACUACCAGGCCGAACUCGGAUACCACCCAGCCGUCCAUGGCCGUGGACGAAACGCUCCCGACCGGGCCAUCCUCGACUGGGCCGGCCUCGGCCGAGCCGACCUCGGUGAUGGCGGGGGCGCGGCCGUUUGAUUCUAAGGUCGUGGAUGCACGAGCAGCGAGUCCCAAGGCGGAAGCUCUCCGGGCACCGGAAGACCCGGUCGAGGGUUCGAACUCGCUGUCUCCUCUCAAACGUCAAGAGCGAAUGGAAGGCGAGUGGGGCGACUACCAGGAGUCUCUGAUCAACCAGAUGGUCCGCAUCCGCAAGUCGGACCCCUCGCGAAAAAACCCUCAGGCCGAACGCGACGCGAGCGAUGACGAUCAGGACCCGGCCGGCGGCCGAGCUGGCGCUGGAACACAAGGCGGACUUCGGACACAAGGCGUGGCUGCGACGAGCGGCUCCGCCAAAGGCAGUAGCUCCGCCAAAGGCAGCGCCGCCGCUCCCGGUGGCCCCAAUCAACAGCAGGCCGCCGGGACCGCCGCAACUGCCGUCGGAAUGCUUCUUGACUCCGGCAGCAAGACUGCCACGCGCGACUACCCUGAAUUGCUCGAUCUCGCCCUCGGACGAGACGUAGGCGGACACGAGACGGCUGGUAGGGAGACGGCUGGUCCAGAGGCAAUUGGUCCAGAGGCAAUUGGUCCGGAGGCAAUUGGUCCGGAGGCAACUGGUCGGGAGACGGUGAUUACGCUCCGCGAGCCCGUCGCGAUGCCUGGAGCCCGUGCAGUCACACAGCUGGUUUUGGAAGACGCAGUGACCCUUGAGAACCCCCACGGACUGGACAAAGAAGAUCCAGACCGCUUGCCGGACACAAAGGGCACCGCUCGGCGGGAAACAGCCGAAACGCAGGUGACUGAGGCGGCUGCAGAAGACGCGAAAGACCGUAAGCAGACUGGUGACUACGUCGAGUUAGCUGAACAUCACAGUACAAUGGCUGUCGAACUACCAAGCGAGCCGGAAGUUGCUGACUCAAUCAUGGUUGCGGAAGGAAAGGUUGCGGACGCGCAGGAAAUUAGCGAGCAGGAUGUUGCUAAGCACAAGAUUAUUGAUGAGAAGGUCACCGAGCACAAAGUUACUGAACAGAAUGUUGAUGAGCAGAAUGCUGCUAAAGAGACGGUUGCUGCCGAACAGACGGUUGGUGCUGAAGAGGAGGUCGCUGAACAGACUGCUGCUGAGGAGGUCGCUGAACAGACUGCUGCUGAGGUGGAUACCCCGGAUGUCGAUAUCACCGCGCAGAUGAAUGAAACAGCGGAGACAAUGGUUGAGGAGCCUGAGCUGGAUAUUACCGACCAACUUCGUGAGACUAUGGAGCUGGACCAAGAUGAGAGGACGUUUGCUAAGACCCAUUUAGCCGCGGCGACCGUCGACGCGGUAAUGACUGAGUGCACAGUGGUCGAGGCGGUGGCAGAAUCCGCAGUUAUGGCCGUCGAGGAAAGCAGAGUGUCGGAUGACGAACAAGUUGGUUUGACCCAGCAGGAGUCCGCAAUUGAGACCGGUGCCGUGGCCGCGGGCGAAAAGAUGCGGAGAGAGAGGGACGAGGAGACACCGGAGGAGAACGCCAGUGACCGAAGCGGUGAGGAGUCCCCGGAGACUUCGUCAGACGAGGAGCAGCUAGAACAGGAGCCUACUCCAGGCGCUUCACCCAUUGAGCGUCCUGCCACCUCACCGCCCCCUCAACUGCAGACACCAACGGAACACACCCUAGUUGAACAGACGCUUUCCUCCGAGGAAUUCACUCGAUCAGAGAAAUCAGCCCGUGACCAACCAGACGAAACCAUCGCUGAGACUCUAGCUGAGGCCAUCAGUGAGACCGUAUCUGAGUCUCCCUUGACUACAGGUGACACUCCCACGACGAACGCAGGAAUGGAAACAAAACAGAAAGAGCGUGAAAGUAAAAGGCCAGAAGACGAACUGGAGGAUGACCAACCGGAAGAUGACCAGUCGGAAGACGGGUCAGAAGUUGAUCAAUCCGUCGAGGAGGCUCCGACUGUCGACGUCGAACUACAGAAGGCGGACGAGCUAACUGCCGAACCGGAGCAUGGAGCGACGGCAUCCGGAGUUUCUCUGAGACCGGAGUUUACGCCAGAAGAGUCCACGCCAGAAAAGUCUGCGCCAGAAGAGUCUGCGCCAGAAGAGUCUGCGCCAGAAGAGUCUGCGCCAGAAGAGUCUACGCCAGAAGGGUCUACGCCAGAAGAGUCUACGCCAGAAGAGUCUACGCCAGAAAAGUCUGCGCCAGAAGAGUCUGCGCCAGAAAAGUCUGCGCCGGAAGAGUCUACGCCAGAAGAGUCUACGCCAGAAGAGGAGGCGACGCGAUCGGAGUCUGGGAGCCCAGAGCGUCCACCGACCGGGUCAGUCGCUGCCGCCGACGCCAAGGGACUGGAGUUCGAGGAUGCGGCGGUCGAAAACGAGGUGGUACAGGGCCUAGCGACGGCUGUUCCGAGCCCGGACGCGGUUCGGAACGGGGAGACGUUGGUUCCCGAAGAGGCGGGUGCCGAAGAGGCGGGUCCCGAAGAGGCGGGUCCCGAAGAAUCCGGUCUUGGGACUUCGGCCCCUGACCUGUCCGACACACCCGUGGAGGAUAUGCCGUCCCGUGCCGCAGAAAACGGAUCGGAAUCGGAGACCGAGGAACCCAGGCCCUGUGAGUCAGAGACAUGUCAGACGGAGCCCUGUGAGCGUGAAGGAGAAACUUCGCACAGCGAGUGCCUUCUCGCCGUGCUGGUUAUAGAGGGGGAAUCGUCCGUCCCCCAACCGGAGACGGAAUGUAUCUCGGUCAACCCGGCUAGUCCAGCCUCCGAGUCGCAGCCGGGUGGUGAGCCUUCGUCGGCCGACGAAGGCUCCCCGCUGUUACAGCUGGGCGGCGGCGACCCCGACAGUCCGGACUCCUGCGAGUCUCCGAGAGAGGACCCUGAGGACGCUGUCCCGGACUCCACGCGAGACGAGUUGAAGGCGGCGGUCCGAGCGGGUAGUCCAGAAGAGAGGGAAGACAGAGGUGACGCAGAAGAAUCCACCACGGACGCGGAAACCUCCCGGCUCCCGACUGCUGGUCCUGGGGAGGACCUCGAUGCUUCGCGACAGGCUAAAGACGAAACACACCAGGAAAUGGCGAACCAGAAAACGGUGGAUCAGGAUACGGUGGACCGGCACGCUACUGCUGCAACUGCGGCUCCCGAGACUACCGCAACGUCUGGGACUGCCUCAGAGGCCCAAAGCCCUGAAGCUAAAGGUCGUGAAGCUGAAAGAUCUGAGGCCGGAGGUCCUGAAGCUGAAAGUCCCGAAGCUGAAAGUCUUGAGGCCGGAGGUCCUGAGGUUAUUUUGAGAACCGCAAGUCCCGCAACCGCAAGUCCCGCAACCGCUUCAGCCGCCAGUCCCGAGGCCGCGCUUGUGGGAGAGAUCUCUUCAGUGGCUGCGAGUCUGGACAGGCCAAGUAGUUCCGAGUCUGGGGCGAAGGUGCGUGAGGAUUCAACGGGUCCGGACGGAUCGGGGUUAACUCCCGAGAGUAGCGUGGCGGACAGUCUGACGAGUAGCCCUGUGACUAGCCGCAGCACUAGCCGUGGCAGUAGCCGAAGCUCAAGUCGUACGACUAGUCGUACAACUGGCCGGAGUACCAGUGGUGCAACUAGUCCCGUGAGUGAAGCCCUAGCUGAGCCGAUGAGUACGACAAGUGGCGGUACGACGAGUGGUGGUACGACGAGUGGUGGUACGACGAGUGGUGGUACGACGAGUGGUGGUACGACGAGUGGGGGUCCGAUGAGUGGUGGUUCGACAAGUGCGGAAUACACGACGCCGAUGGGUGAAGAUUCGCGGAGUCGGAUUGGCACGCCGGCGAGCGGAGCAGUGGAGGCAGGGCACCGGCGCGCGUCUUCUCCGCGGAAACGGUUGGUUACGCACUGGCAGUCAUCUUCUGAUUCAGACUCGGAUUCGGGACGGCCGCGAGGAAAGCGGUUGUUAAAGCGUUCGCGACGGAGUUUCGAGGAUGCGAGUCCUCCGUCAACAUGUGACACAUCGACAGCGCCACGUUUGUCGUUACCGUUGCGUGUGGUGCCGGAGGAGGUGACGAGUGAGGAUGAGUUGAUGGUGCCGGAUGCAAUUUUGCAGAGUGUAGACAAUGACCGCCUGAUAAAAGAAUUACAAGGCCGCGGUUACGUUGUACGUCUUCGUCGACGAAAGGCGGUGGUCGUGGGGGCCCUUAGCCUUGAUUUGAGCACACCCAAGAAAAGACGACGAAGGGAAGACGAACUCGCUGACGAUGUAGCCACUCUGUCUACUCUUCUACCAGACUCUACCUACGAACAACCGGAUCUUAUUAACAAGACUGACGUCCUCAAAACCAUGCAGGCACGAGCCGCAAGACUUACGCGACCUCUGCCACAACUAAUUCUUGAUCCCGAUCGUGAUGACACACCCGUCUAUCAAGUCUUCCUCACCCCUGAACAACAGAACUCACCCACCCGCUCCAGACGCUCAACUGGCACCUGCUCCAUUCUCGUCGUGCCCAAACAUCAACUUACCAGCCGCCGGUCGUACUAA